UGUGCGUCGACGUCAGCGUGAUGACGUCACGGGACGGGUACUCGAGAAGGUCUGGGGGCACCUUUCCACUGGCGGUGGGUUGUGUGUGGUCCGCAGGGCUAGAUUCCCGGUCCCGCCCCGCCCAGCUCCGCCCCUCCGCCCGCAAGGACUCCUGCGGGCACAGUCCGGGAGCCGCUGUCGCCCGGCCAGCCUGAGGCGGCCAGCCGGGAACCACCCGAUGAGGAUCUCUUCCCUCUAGGGAUGGUGAGGUCGGAGAGAGGCUCCUCUAAGCCUCCUGCAGGAUGAACCCCCUGCCAGAAGACAUGGAGAACACUCUCACGGGGAGUCAGAGCUCGCAUGCAUCCUUGCGUGAUGUCCAUUCCAUCAACCCCACACAACUCAUGGCCAGGAUUGAGUCCUAUGAAGGAAGGGAAAAGAAAGGCAUAUCUGAUGUCAGGAGGACUUUCUGUUUGUUUGUCACCUUUGACCUCUUAUUUGUAACCUUACUGUGGAUAAUAGAGUUAAAUGUGAAUGGAGGUAUUGAGAACACGUUAGAGAAGGAGGUGGUGCAGUAUGACUACUACUCUUCUUAUUUUGAUAUCUUUCUUUUGGCAGUUUUUCGAUUUAAAGUGUUAAUACUUGCAUACGCGGUGUGCAGACUGCGCCACUGGUGGGCCAUAGCGUUGACGACAGCAGUGACCAGUGCCUUUUUACUAGCAAAAGUGAUCCUCUCAAAGCUUUUCUCUCAAGGGGCUUUCGGCUACGUGCUGCCCAUCAUCUCCUUCAUCCUUGCCUGGAUUGAGACGUGGUUCCUGGAUUUCAAGGUGUUACCCCAAGAGGCAGAAGAAGAAAACAGACUCCUGAUAGUUCAAGACGCCUCAGAGAGGGCAGCCCUUAUACCUGGUGGGCUUUCUGAUGGUCAGUUUUAUUCUCCUCCUGAAUCUGAAGCAGGAUCAGAAAAUGAAGCUGAAGAAAAGCAGGACAGUGAAAAACCACUUUUAGAACUAUGAGUAAGACUCCGGUCAAAGUGUGAAAAACUUUCAUUGAAAGACACCUGAAGGAGAAAAGGGACCAUUGAAAGGUGAAAUGGUGACAUCCACUACUGACAUGAUUGAACGGCUAGUAAAGAAUUUAUUUAUUGUAAUACCUCACAGACAUUGUAUCAUAUCCACAUACAUUUGAUAGCCUGCCUGUGGCUGGUAAGAUAAUGUCAUGAUCCAUCCUGUUUUCAAUGAGACUGAGUCUGAUCUGUUAAUGAAUAGUUGCAGAACGUCUCGUGCUGUAUUCUUAAUCAAAAGACUUCUAAUAUAUUGGAAUAACACUUUUUAGUAAGCAAAAUAUCUUUUUAUUUUGAUUUUUUUUGUCAUGUCUCAGAUUUGUUUUGUAUUGCUUUUUUUAACACCCUACAUUUCCCUUGUGUUUUUUAACUCAUGCACAUGCACUAUUUGUACAAUUUUAAAAGGUAAUAAAAUCCAACAUGUCAAAA